AUGUCCACUCCCUACAGCGCGAACCUUGGCACAUCGACCGUCGCCGAAGCCCUUGAAGGCCUCAAGAAGGGCCACGACCGUAUCGACGAGCUCCAGCUGCCGCUCAUGGUGCCCAACAACACGGAAGUGCGCAAGUGCAAGUUCACGAUCACCGUCGACCUCAACGAAGGCACGACGACCGGCAUCUCGGCGGCCGACCGCGCCGCCACGAUCCGUGCGCUAGCCGACCCGAGCGUCAAGGCCCGGUCGUUCAACCGCCCUGGCCACAUCUUCCCGCUGCUGGCCGUUGACGGCGGUGUCUUGUCCCGCGCGGGGCAUACCGAAGCGGCGGUGGACCUUGCGCGCCUCGCUGGCUGCACGCCGGCGGCCUACAUUUGCGAGAUCAACGACGACAACGGCCGCAUGCUCCGCCGGCCGCAGCUCGAGACGUUUGCGGCGACGCACGGUCUGCACUUGAUCACAAUCUCGGACUUGAUUCGCUACCGCUUUUCGCACGAGACAUUGAUCCAGCGUGUCGGCGCCGCCGUGCCGCUCCAGACUCCUUUUGGCGCCUGCCGUAAAGUGGCGUACACGACGACGUUUGACGCGACGCGGUUUGAUGCGCUUGUCGUCGGGACCAUUGCGGCCUCGGGCGCGCAUGUCUUCUUUGUCGACGGCAGCAUCGACGGCAGCAUCGAAGCGCAGUUUGCGCUGCAGUGGUUGACUUCCAAGAAGGCCAACGGUGUCUUGGUGUUUGUGCCUGGCUACGAAGCGUUGGUCGAUGUGAGUGGCGAACUCAUGGCCAAGCAGUCGAUCUUUGGCAUGGGCCUCCAGAUCUUGAAGGAAAUGGGGGCGUCGUCUGCGGUACUUUUGGCCAAGACGGCGCCGGCUUUCGACACCAAGGGGUUUGGCACGACGAUUGAGCGCGUCCAGCUCCUCGAGUGCGCAUAG